UUUUUUCAAGCCAAUUGUUUUUUCAUAGUGCACGUUGCACUGUAAAUACAACGGCGGGAAGGGAAACAAAGCGUAGCGGAGGAGGGUGGAGCAGUAGGAGGCGCCAUGCAGGAGGAGGUAUCGAAUUUUGGCCAAUCAAAAAAAGGUGACUUGUGUGGACGUCAUUAGCAUGUGGGUCUGUAAAUAGAGCGGGCGCGAGGCGGGCGUUAGUCAUUUUCUGUUCGUUUAUUCGACAAGCAGCAUCAUGCCCGAUCCAGCCAAGACCGCGCCCAAGAAGGGAUCAAAGAAAGCCGUGACCAAGACGGCCGGCAAAGGAGGCAAGAAGCGCAGAAAGUCCAGGAAGGAGAGCUACGCCAUCUACGUGUACAAGGUCCUGAAGCAAGUGCACCCUGAUACCGGCAUCUCAUCCAAGGCCAUGGGCAUCAUGAACUCCUUCGUGAAUGAUAUUUUUGAGCGCAUCGCCGGUGAGUCUUCUCGUCUGGCUCAUUACAACAAGCGUUCCACUAUCACCUCCAGGGAGAUCCAGACCGCCGUGCGCCUGCUGCUUCCCGGCGAGCUGGCCAAGCACGCCGUGUCCGAGGGCACAAAGGCCGUCACCAAGUACACCAGCUCCAAGUGAAGCGCGUUACCGCCGUCUUCAUCAACCCAACGGCUCUUUUAAGAGCCACCCACUUUUCAUACAAAGAGCAAUCUAUUUUCUUUCGCUUUCUCUCUUGCUCUCUGUGUGUGUGUGUGUGUGUGUGUGUGUGUGUGUGUGUGUGUGUGUGAGUGAGAGAGAGAGAGGGGGGGCACUUCUGAAGUGCUGCUCUCCCACGAAUGUUCAGGCUUUUGGGUAAUUCUAGCAGUCUGAUAAAUGCAGAGAUGAGUAAAUCUCAACAGGGUUGUAGCACGGUUUCUCGGGCUUGUAUAAUCUGAGCAAUGCAAAAUGGGGUUUUAGCAGCACAAAGUUAUUCAUAUUAAGACUAGCAACAGGAAGUAACUGAAAAUGGUAUUCUAGUAACACAUAGAAAUUCAAACUAAGGUUCUAGAAGCACGUAAAAGUUCUAAAUACUGUUGUAGUAACAUGUAGUCAUUCAAAACAGUGUUCCAGCAGCACGAAGUCAUUCAAAAGAAUGCUCUAGCAGCAUAGAAUACAACACACACACACACACACACACACACAAGGCAAUAGCGGAGUUCGGAUAAAGGGCAUUAGGGUGACUGUGUUUUGUUAGGGUCAGGGAGGAAUCCGACCGAGCUAAAGAGGAGGAGGCCGGAUGGGCUGGCUGGUGCUAACUAGGCGUGCCUGUUUGGCCCGGGACUACAAGAGCGGAGCGGAGCGCUGCGUACGAGUGGUGAAGCCCUGACACUGGCAAAGACAGAACGAGUCUUCUGACCUACACCUAUAAUCACAUUUUCUUGUUGGACAUGCUUUCUCCCCUACAACUAACAAUGUCUUACUCUUGUCUUUGCUGCUCUGUUCAGCUCUUCCUACUUUCCUACUGACUGUUUCCCACCCACCUAGUCAACUUUUAUUCAACAUUUGUUCUUUUCAUCUAGACUUUAAAUUUAUUUACUCUUCACCAUCUAUUCAUAUGCUUUCAGUUUGAAUGAAAGUGAGCAAGUGAUUUCUAGCAUGCUAGCCGUGUUAAUGAAUGAUAGCGACCAUGCAAAGUUUGCUCAGUCGAAGAAUAGCUUGUUUCUCUAUGAAUGGGACUGUUGUGUAAACUUCUCCUUUGAAACUGCUUUAUCCUCUUUACUCUGAAACUAAAAUUUUUAGCAUGGUUUCCUGGGCUUGUAUAAUCUGACGUGAUAAAAAAAGCUGGGUGAUAAUCUGGUCUUUUCUCUGGAACUGAACAUUUAAAACAUUGAGCAGCUCUGUGACGUCCACCAGGAAAGCCAGGUCAGAAAGCCAUUUCUUAUCCAUGGGCUCUUGAAUACUACCAAUCUUGCUUUCCUGAAAAGCUCCGAUCUCAUCACGCAGAUCAAAAAAUCUCCUGAGAACUUUUCCUCUGCUCAGCCAUCUAACCUCCUGGUGGUACAACACAUCACCAUAUUGUGCAUCCAUCUCAUCCAACAGUACCUUGAACUGCAGGUGAGAGAGCGCCUUGGAGCGUAUAUCAUUCACAAUUUUGACGACGUCACGCAUCACAUCCACAAGCCCGAUGGAUUGGGCACAUAGCUGUUCUUGAUGUAAAAUACAAGAAAUCUGAUAGCUGGCCCGUGUGGCACUUUCUUGAGCUGAUGAAGGACAUAGCAGCGCGCUCUGCUCAGAUCGAAGUUUAGCAAGCAGCUCGUUAGCCUUCUGUUUUCAUGCCUCGCCGCUGUCCUUUGAGAAAGCUGAAGAACAUUUUGUUUCAUAAUGACGGAUUUUGUACUCUUUCAAAACAGCAACUGACUGCUUGCAAACUAGACACAGUGCCUUUGAAUUGAUUUCAGUAAAUAAAAAGUCAACUUGCCAAAUCUUUUAAAAUUUCCUCUUGUCUGUGUGCCAGUGCCUGGAUCUCUCCAUUAUUACCUGUUUGUUGACUGUCGCAAUGCAUGCUGGCCUUGAAGUACGCAUGUACAUUAAAUAAAAUUCUAAUUCUUAUUCUCUACAUUUAAUUUCAAUUUACAUUUUUGUAGCUCAAAAUGAAAAUUAAUAAAAAAAUUAAAUUAGAAAUGAAGAUCAGCAUCAAUCAAAUCCCCCCCCACAUAUGGCAUGGCGGGCCAAAUCAAAAAUCACCAUCUCUGUUCUAACUGUUGUAGUAGCACGUAGUCAUUCGAACUAAGGUUCAAGAAGCGC